AUGGCUGCUCCGGCGUCGCUGCGAGACUGCCAGGCAUGGAAGGACGCUGGACUCCCGCUGUCCACCCCCAGCAAUGAGGCCUGCAAGCUGUUUGAUGCCACCCUGACCCAGUAUGUCAAGUGGACCAAUGACAAGAGCCUCGGGGGCCUCGAGGGCUGCCUGGCGAAGCUCAGAGCGGCAGACCCGAACUUCACGAUGGGGCGUGUCAUCUCCAAUGGCCUCCUGCUGAUUGGCACCGGCACCUCCGUGAGGCUGGACCAGGAGCUGGCCCGGGCCCUGCAGACGAUGGUGGAGGAUUCGAAAGCACAGCCACUGACCCAGAGGGAGCGGCUGCAUGUGUCCGCAGUGGAGACCUUCGCCAAGGGGAACUUCCCGAAAGCCUGUGACCUGUGGGAGGACAUUCUCCGUGACCACCCGACGGACAUGCUGGCCCUCAAGUUCGCCCACGAUGCCUACUUCUACCUGGGCUACCAGACCCAGAUGCGCGAUUCUGUGGCCCGCGUCUACCCCUUCUGGACACCUGGCAUCCCCCUUAGCAGCUAUGUGAAAGGCAUUUAUUCCUUUGGGUUGAUGGAAACCAAUUUCUACGACCAGGCGGAAAAGCUCGCCAAGGAGGCCCUGUCUAUUGACCCGACGGACGCGUGGUCAGUGCACACGGUGGCCCACAUCCACGAGAUGAAGGCGGAAAUCAAGGAAGGAGUGGAAUUCAUGCAGCGCUCCGAGCCCAACUGGAAGGAUUCUGACAUGCUGGCCUGUCAUAAUUACUGGCACUGGGCUCUGUACCUGAUUGAGAAGGGUGAAUAUGAGGCCGCGCUGACCAUUUACGAUAACCACAUCCUGCCCAGCUUGCAGGCCAGUGGCACCAUGCUGGACGUGGUGGACAGCUGCUCCAUGCUCUACCGGCUGCAGCUGGAAGGGGUGCCGCUGGGUGGGCGCUGGAAGGACGUCCUGCCUGUGACCCGGAAGCACAGCCAUGAUCACAUCCUCUUGUUCAACGAUGCCCACUUCCUGAUGGCCUCCCUGGGCGCUCGGGACAUGGGGACCACACAGGAGUUGCUGGCCAGCCUGCAGGAGGCCAGCGAGUCCCCUGGGGAGAACUGCCAGCACCAGCUGGCCCGUGAAGUGGGGCUCCCACUGUGCCAGGCCCUGGUGGAGGCCGAAGGUGGGAACCCUGACCGCGCGGUGGAGCUGCUCCUGCCCAUCCGUUACCGGAUCCCCGAGAUCGGAGGCAGCAACGCCCAGAGGGAUGUCUUCAACCAGCUGCUGAUUCAUGCGGCCCUGAACUGCACCUCGAACGCCCACAGGCACCUGGCCAGGAGCCUUCUGAUGGAGCGUGACGCCUUGAAGCCCGGCUCACCCCUGACCGAGCGGCUCGUCCGCAAGGCAGCUGCCCGCCACCUCAUGCAGUGA